AUGGAAGUUGGAAAUGAGCUCAACAAAAAUCUUGAAGAAGUACAAGAAAAAGAUAAGCAGGCUGAAUCAGUUGAAAAUUUGACAGAAAAUAAAAGAGAUCUUAUUGAAAACUCUACAAAUCUUGAGGAAGUAAAAGCUAAUGAGAGCCAAAAUCCUAUUCGUAAACCAAAAGUUAUUAAAGGUAAAAGGAAGGUCGAAAAUAAGGAGGAAUAUAAAUGCGAUGAGCAAACUCACUCAGACAGCCACUGUCCUACUAAAGUAACAGUCUUUUGGUAA